UUUCUCACGGCGUCUUCGUGUUGCCUGAAGAUGGAGUGACCUUUGACCUCGACCUCCUUCAAGACCACCCCCUCCUCAACCGUAUAUCGGAGUGGGAUUAUCCAAUUUUCGAUCUCCAGGAUAUGGCAGGCAACUUAAUACUCAGUCAGCUGUGUUAUCAAGUGUUUUCCGAAGUAGGACUUUUCGAGACCUUCAAGAUCCCGACCAAGGAAUUCCUCAAUUAUUUCCAUGCUCUGGAACUCGGAUACAGAGACAUCCCCUAUCACAACAGAACUCACGCAUCCGACGUUCUGCACUCUGUCUACUACCUCACUUCCCAGCCCAUCCCCGGCUUCAUCAUGCUGCCGCCUGAACCGAUCUCGCCAACGGACAAGCACGAUGAGGUCUGCGGCUCGCCCCGCCUGGUCCACCGCCAGAGCUUCACCGCCGAGGACACCUACGGCAUCCUGGGUGCCAACCUGCCUGCCCUGGAGCUCAUGGCACUCUACACGGCCGCUGCCAUGCACGACUACGACCACCCCGGUCGUACGAAAGCUUUCCUUGUGACCACCAAUGCACCCCAAGCGGUUCUGUACAAUGACCGCAGCGUCUUGGAGAACCACCACGCCGCCGCAGCCUGGUCUCUCUUCCUCCGAAGCCCGAGUACACUUCCCCUCACUCACUUGGACAGAGCCGAUUUUCAACGCUUCAGGUUCCGGGUGAUCGAGGCAAUUCUGGCGACGGAUCUAAAGAGGCACUUUGAGAUACUGGCGGAAUUCAAUGCCAGGCCAACGAACCCGACGCCCCGGUUUAGACUGAGCUCGGAGACGGACCGCCUCCUCGCCCUCCAGAUGUGCAUCAAACUCGCCGACAACGGACCUUGCAAGGCGCUCGACAUACACACGCAGUGGACGCGCAGAAUCGCCGAGGAAUUUUAUGAACAAGGCGACGAGGAGCAGUCCCUAGGCCUCCCGAUCUCGCCCUACAUGGACCGCACGAAUCCCCAGCUCUCCAAAUUGCAAGAGUCCUUCAUCAACCACCUCGUCGCCCCGCUCUGCAACGCCUACGGGGAGGCGGGCCUGAUGCCGGGCGUGUGGCAAGACUCCUGCGAGGACGACGAGGCUGAACCCAAAUCUCAAGCGGACGAUUUUUUCCCUGACGAGGACGAGGACGAUCCCCCCCACCACGGACGCACGCGCAAGAUCUUCUGCUUGCAAACGCAGCACCUGCAGGAGAACCACCAGCACUGGGUGAUAAAAUUAAGGUAA